AUGGGGAGAGGAAGAGUAGAUUUGGACGGGAAUCCGAUAAAGCCGAUUACAAUAUGCAUGAUCGGCGCCAGAGGAUUUAUUGGCUCGCACCUUUGUGAGAAGAUUUUGGCAGAGGUGCCGCACAAGGUUUUGGCAUUGGAUGUGCACAAUGACAAGAUCAAGCAUCUGCUGGAGCCUUCUGGUGGUUCCGAUUCGCAGCCGUGGGCCGAUCAAAACCUGGAAUUUGAUUCGGUGGCAAUGAUUUACGACGCUGCCGAAGAGGAUUUCAGGGUUGAGGAUUACGUGAAAUUGGAGGAAGGUUUAGACGGUGGGACCUACAGGAAGGAAAUCAUCCCCAUUAUAAUUUGGGAGAGGGAAACAUUCAGCAAAUCAAUGCUAGCACUUAUAGUAUUUAGUUCCAUUGCAAUAUUUCCAACCCUGCUUUUACCUUCUACUCCUUCUAUGUGGGUGGCCGGGAUGACUUUUGGAUAUGGGUACGGAUUUUUGCUGAUCAUUGGAGCAGUGGCUAUUGGUGUCUCUCUUCCCUAUCUCAUCGGUUUUCUAUUCCAUCAUAAGAUCCAAGUUUUGUUGGAAAAAUAUUCUAAGCAAGCUUCCAUUAUAAAACUCGCUGGUGAGGGAAAUUGGUUCAAUCAAUUGCGAGAUGUCACCUUGAUUAGGAUUUCUCCUUUCCCUUAUGUUGUAUAUAAUUACUGUGCUGUGGCUACCGAUGUGAAUUAUUGUCCUUACUUGUUGGGGACACUGGUAGGAAUGGUGCCAGAAAUAUAUGUCGCAAUUUACACAGGCAUCUUGAUAAAGACUUUGGCUGAUGCUUCAAAUGAUCGGCGCUCAUUAUCAGCAGCACAGAUUAUUUGCAAUGUUAUUGGCUUUUGCAUUUCCGUGGCAACGACAGUGAUUGUCACAUUUUGCGCAAAAAGGCGACUCAAGAAACUUCAAGCUGAAGAGGAGCUAUUGUUGCACUGA